AGUAUUUCGACUAGUUGAUUAUUGAUAGGCCCCGCGAAAAAAUGCCAGAUAGCGCAGAUACGGAACAAUUCAAUGCUGACGAGUUGGAGGCGCCGUCGUGGCUGAAUGCGCAAUUUAUUGGAGAGGUUCUGAGAAAAUACGAAAAGUGCAAAGUGAAAGUAGCUGAUCUGAAAAUUACACCCGCCAGUGCACAGGGAGAUCACUAUGCCAGUGUUAUGUUCCGAACUACCGCCGAGUAUACCACCUCGAAUGGAAAAUUCUCAAAGCCCCUGAUCAUCAAGACGAUGCCAGAGCAGGAAGGACAUAAAAAGGAAAUGCUGGCAGAGUCCCAUUUGUUCUCCACGGAAAUUCUAGCCUACACCAAGGCUCUGCCCGAGUUCGAGAGGAUUCUCCGGGAGGCCGGAGAUGAUACUAGGCUAUAUGUGCCCUGCAUCUACCACAGCUUGGAGCCUCGACAAGUGUUGAUAUUCGAGGAUCUCGUGCCGCAGGGAUACUCAGUCAUCCGAAACAGGCCAGUUAAACCGGAGGAAACAAAAGCUGUGUUUACUAAGCUAGCCAAAUGGCACGCAGUUAGCAUGAAGGUGAUGAAUGAGCAAACCGAUUUCCUGAAGGAGUUUCAAUAUGGCUUGACCGAGAUGCCUAACCUAAUGACUGAUCCCAUGGUCACGUCUGGUAUGGGAAAUUUCCUGGACAUGCUAGAAAAAACCCCCGAGCUCACUAAGUACAAGCCUUACUUUGAGAAAAUAAAGAACGAUUACUUGCAACGAAUGAGUGAUGUAAUGCAGGAAUACCGGAAAAACUACAAAUCUGAUGGAUACUACGUGAUGUGUCACGGCGACUUCCAUCUGCGAAAUAUGAUGUUCAAGGACAACGGCGAAGUUAUGUUCGUGGACUUUCAAAUUUGCAAUCUAAGUCCCAUUACCAUCGAUCUGAUAUACUCUGUGUAUAUGUUGAUGGAACCUGAACAGCGAUGGGAUCUAGGUAAAGAUGCUAUAAAUUAUUAUUUUUCCGUUUUGGAGGAAACUUUGAAGAAGGUGGGCUACAAGGGCCCAAUGCCCACGCAAGCUGGUCUCUGGAAGGAAAUUCACCGCCACAAGUACUAUGACUUUUUCCUUAUGUCCACUUUUAUGCCUAUGAUAUUGGCCGUUAAGGCAAACAGGAUAAAAAUGAACGACAUUAUUUUGGAGCCAGAAAUAAGAAAGAAAGUCUAUUUCUUUGAUAUUUACCUUGAAGAUAUAAAAAACCUUCUUCGAAAAUACGAAGAAGUGGGAUAUUUUAAAGAUCUAUGAACUUAAUCAACUUCAAAGCAGGAAUUUUUUAUGUCUAAUUGGAUGAUAACAUUCAGUAGUAUUUAAUGAUUAAAUAAAACACGUACUUAGAUCAAGGAA